AUGUUGAAUAACAUCGCCCGUUUUGCGCUUCCUUUGCUCCUGCUUGGAGCAUCGCCAGUCUUUGGAAGGGAAUUGAAACCCAUUCGCCCAAAUGGCGCCCGGCAUGCCAAGCGACAGCAACAGUCCGACAUGGACCGUAGAUCUGUUGAAACUUUCCUUUGGGGCGAUGAUGGUGUGUCAAGUGUUGCUAAUUUGACUGUUUACAUGGGCGGUUCCACCGAAGGCAUUCUGAACAUGGAACGAUUCGAUGGCAUGCUUACAGACAUCCAAUGCGGAAAUGAGAGCAUCUCCAUGACUUUCCAGGACGAUGAAACAUUUGCAUAUGCCCAGAGGACUUGGGACUGGGUGAACGGUGCCGAAAACAACAGUUUCGUGAUGAUCGCAGGUGUUGGGGACUGCGGCAACAACACUCGUCGUCUACCGUAUGUCGUGUCCACAAUGCAAUAUGACGAAGUCGCAAACCGAGCAGUUUUGGCAGCACGCCUGAGCGACUGGCAAGCAGUCGCCCACAGCUACGACUUCGUUGUUGGCUCCGUAGCACAGGACCCCGUCUCCAAGAAAGCUAUCUCUCGCCGCGACAUCGACAAGACGACUUCCAUCGAUUUCAACCACAGCUUAAAUGGAUCUGUAGCUUUCAGUGUCGGCGACGUCGAGGCUCGAGUGGUUUGCCUGGAAUGUGGUUCUGCGGGCCAGUUUGACAUGGAGUUCAAGAUUUCACAAAAGAUCGGUAUCCCAACCGGUGCAAGCAUGAAGAUAUCCCCAAAGGGCGUCAGUGCCGUCGCAAAGAUGAAGCUCAUAGGCAGUGUCAGUGUCACUGAUGCCCUUGAAAAGUCCAUCGAUCUACUUGACAUUCCCAUCAGUGGCCUCAAGAUUCCCGGCAUCCUCGACCUUGGCCCGUUCCUCACCGUCGCUCUUGCGGCCGAACUGUCCUCGAUUACUGUCUCCGCUGCUGUCUCGAUGGGUGCUACGGCUAAGUUCAGCGACGAGGCUAUUCUUAACGUCGAUCUGCUCAAUCCUGACGAAAACGAGUUCUCCGGGUGGGAGCCUACCGUCGAUGUGGACGAUGUUGCUGUGGAGGGUUCGAUUAAUGGAGGCGUCGCAGCCUUUCUUAAGCCCAGCGUGAACCUCAAAGCUGAGGCCCUUGGCAAAGGGUUUGAGAUUGGAAUCAACAUGAAGGUACCUACGGUUAGCGCGAGAUUAUCUGCCGUCGUUUCCCCACAAGGUGUCUGCCCUGCCGAAGGAGACGCGCCUCAGAAGACUACUGGCGUCAAGGCUGUCAUCAACCUCGGCGCUUCACUCAAUUUCGACGUCAGGAACACUGGAACCGACAAAUCCCUCUUUGGAGUUUCGCUUGCUGCUCUGGAUAGGCCGCUUGCUGAAACAUGCUUCCCCUUUGGUGAUGACGUUGCACCUGCUGCUAGAUUCCGACCCCGAGGAUAUCUUAUGGGGUGA